AUGCGCCUUCUUUACCUGCUGCCCGUGGCGCUCUGGGCCGCCACCGUUUCUGCCCAGAGCCUCAAGUCUUGGGCGGGCACGAACAGCUACUUUCUGCAGUCCCUGGAUGACGGCCAACAGGUCAAGCACAUCCAAGACCUCGCCGCCCUCGGCGUCAAAGCAAUCCGUCUCUGGGUCCGUGAGCAGUUGUCGCAUUGCGAGAAGGGCUCCGUCCGAGGCCAGACUUGCCGCGCGCUUGAGAACCAAGAGUUCGGAGGUGUGGGGAGGUACGACCCAGUCACCAUGGAUCUGCUCGAUAAGACUCUGCUCAACAUUCAGACGCACGGCAAGGGCAUGAAGGUCAUCAUUUCGCCACACGAUUCGAACAGCGUCCAAAACAGCUACACCCUCAAGUAUCCCCAGAAUGACUUUUACCAUAACGGAAACGCCGAGGCAGACUACGACAAUCGCCUCAAAUACAUCAUGGAGUAUCAGGGACAGUACAUGAAGAGGCCUUGGAAGGAUCUGCACGACCUCAUCAUCGCCUUUGACGUCCAGAACGAACCUCUGCUCGCUUACAAGGGGACCGGCAAGCCUGGUGUCUGCAGCAUACCUGACUCGGCGAAGGGCUGGGUCUGCAAGCGCGCCACGAACAUGCGCAAAAUCCUCGGCGCAGACAACCCGAUCAAGAUCGCAAGUGGUGGCAUUGGCGGCGAUGCCAACAACCAGUGCUCGUUUUUGGACGAUGCGAUGAAGUGUCCCGAUCUGGAUGUCAUCGCCCUACACAUCUACCCAGACCGAAACGGAGGUGGAAUCGAGAAGCACUUCGCGGACUGGUCGAAGCAGGGUGGUGGAGGCAAGCUUAUCUAUGUCGAGGAGCUCGGCUUGACGUGGCGCAAGCUCACCGGGCCCGGUUGUGCGAACAAUGACCCCAACGUCAAGGAUUGGGACGUUCCUGCUGCCUUCAAGGCCUCAGCCGAGAAGCUCAACAACGCCGGUAUCCCCUGGCUCUCGUGGAGCAUUAUCCCCGACGUCGUUCCCGAGUGCCAGCAGGGUUUCAACGACGACUGUGACUCCACUCCCAUCCCUAUCACUCAGAAGAAAGUUGACUUCGCCGGACCUAUGAAGGCGGCAGCGGACGCCAACUUGACUCCCGGUGGCUUCGCCAUCUGA